AUGCGUGUUUCGUGCUCAUCGUGCAAGUAUUUGGCAGGUACGGACUUGAUGUCCGUUAAAAUGCGAUACGACGAAGACCUGGAGGAUUUCAUUAAGAGACUUUUUGACCUGAGCAAAGUCGAUCGACGGUUGAAGAGAUUCUUCCAGGGCUUCCAAGGCUACUUGACGGAGCGUUUUGGGGGGCCAACACAGUAUAAAGGUCGAGAAAUGGAGGAUAUACACAGGGGUCUCGGUCUGGAUGACUUCUAUUUCGACUGUUUCCUGAUCAACGCGGAAAAGGCUCUCCACGGGCUGGGGGUGGAAGAGGACAUCAUCGCUGACGUAUUGAUAACUCUUGAAUUCGCUCGGGCACAUGUCCUCAACAGGAAGCGUGACCAGUUGUCUCAGUUGAAACUAGUGGACGGUGCCACGAUAUUCGAGCGUAUCGGUGGAGACAUGAAUCUCGAGGCUGUUGUUGAGACAAUGUACAGCGGUGCCUUGCUGGAUCCGCGCAUCAAGUUCUUCUUUGAUCUUCCCAAAGACAGAUUCAAUUUGGCAGGUAUCAAUAUCACGGAUUACCAUUUCGAUGCAUUGAUGGAAAAUAUGAAAGUUGCCUGCGAGCUUAUGGAGAUCGACACCACGGUAAGGGUGGACUUCCUUGAAUGUGUCUCUCAUGUCCGGGGAAUUAUCACAGCAGGCUGCACUGUCCGACUAGAGUUGGCCAAGAGACGUACAGAGAUAGGCGGCACUGAGGGUCUGUUCAAGCAGCUCGGUGGUGAGGAGGGUAUCGCGAAGGCCGUACAGCGACUCUACGAAUACAAAGGGAGAGAACUGAAGCGGAUUCAUCAGAUGAUUGAUAUAUACGACUACCAUAUGGAUGCCUUCGUGAGUCUUAUGAAGAACGUGCUUGAGGAGGCUGAUCAAGAUCCCGAGACUAUAGACUCUUGCAUCAUACUAAUGGAGACGUGCCGUUCCCGGAUCGUCAAACCGGCUAAUCAUGAUGUAAGACGAGCUCAAGCGAUGGCUAACAAGAAGCCUCUGUAUGAGCGCCUCGGUGGUGAGAUGUCAAUAGCUAAAUUAUCGGAAAUGUUUUACACCGAGGCGAUGGAGGAUUCACGUGGGAACAGUUGUGACUAUAGGGCGUGUCGUUGA